AUGGGUGAUGAAGACUACAGUGAAAUAUAUGACACGAUCCAAAAAGAUGGCAUGAAUGGUGUUGCAGACAAGCAAGAAGAAAAUGAAGGUCAUCUUUAUGAUUACAUCCAGGAAGAAUUAAAAUCAGAAAACAAUUUAUAUGUCAAUGAGCAAGAAACCCAUGAAUAUGACUUCGUUUCCUCUUAUACUGUUGGGGAUGAGGAGAACAACAUGGUUUCUUCCCAACAAGACGGGGAAGGUUACCUCCUGCCUGAUGUGUUGUCUUCUGAGACGAAAGAUCUUCAACAAGAUGAUCACCAAGAGUCAACUGAGAUGAAAGAUAUAAACUCAGAAGAUAUAUAUGCAUCAAUCAACUAUGAGAAAUAUGACCAAGAGGAGUACCAGGAUGUGAGUCUGAAGAAGGAAGAAAAUCUGCGUCCUUCACCCCGCACCAUCCAGGAGGGCAGUGCUUUUUCUAACUUGGAAGAUCCUCCUACCUUCUAUUCUGUCCAUGGUCGUUUAGAAGAAAAUGAAGCAGAUGACACAAACCCUGAGAUUAUCCUUUAUGUGAAGGCUGGAAUUGAUGGAGAAUGCAUUGGCAACUGUCCCUUCUCUCAGCGUCUCUUUAUGAUCCUGUGGCUGAAAGGAGUUGUGUUCAAUGUCACCACUGUGGAUCUGAAAAGAAAGCCAGCUGACCUGCACAACCUGGCCCCUGGCACCCACCCGCCCUUCCUGACCUUCAAUGGAGAUGUGAAGACAGAUGUCAACAAGAUCGAGGAGUUCCUGGAAGAGACUUUGACCCCUGAAAAGUACCCCAGAUUAGCGGCAAAGCACCGGGAAUCCAAUACAGCUGGCAUCGAUAUUUUCUCCAAGUUUUCUGCCUACAUCAAGAACACCAAGCAGCAAAACAAUGCUGCCCUUGAGAAAGGAUUGACCAAGGUGCUGCAGAAACUGGAUGACUACCUGAACACCCCUCUGCCAGAAGAGAUUGAUGCCAACAUUUGUGGAGAUGAAGACAAAGGGUCCCGACGCAAGUUCCUAGAUGGAGAUGAGCUGACCCUGGCUGACUGCAAUCUGUUGCCCAAACUCCAUGUGGUCAAGGUUGUGGCCAAGAAAUACCGCAACUAUGACUUCCCAGCUGAGAUGACAGGCUUAUGGCGGUACCUCAAGAAUGCCUACGCCCGGGAUGAAUUCACCAACACCUGUGCCUCAGACCAAGAGAUUGAGUUGGCCUAUGCAGAUGUCGCCAAGCGCCUCAGCCGAUCCUGAGCAAAGCCAUCUUGCCCCAUUGCUCUGCAGGACUCAGCUUCUCCCUAAGGACUCUGGCUUCAUGAGCUCCUCUUCCACAUUGCCUCAAGAAACAAUCUUUGUUUUGUUUUGUUUUUCAAAUCUGACAAUUUGCUGGCACCUUCAGAACUCCAGCCUGCUGCCUUGUAUUAAUAUCAACACGCUGCUCAUCUGAUCGCACAAAAAUCUGCAAGGAGAAAUUGUAAGAAAUAAAUAAGCUCUCACACUCUUCA